AUGACCAACGCCAACUGGUCGGAGCCAACAGAUCUGAUUAUCGAGCAGAUCGAAAUUGGUCCGAUGCAAAACUACACCUACAUCAUUGGCUCGCGUGAAACCCGUGAGGUAGCCAUCGUUGACCCUGCCUGGGACAUUGAUGCGCUGACCAAACAUCUGGCAGAAAAGGACUACACGCUGAAAGCUGCACUUGCGACUCACUACCACCCAGAUCACGUUGGUGGCUCGUUCAGCGGCCAUAAUGUUGAAGGGAUUGCCGAACUGAUGGCUAUCAAUCCGGUUAAAGUCUAUUGCCAUAAAGCAGAGGCAGACGGCAUUAAAAAGGUCACUGAAAUUUCCGACAGCGACAUGGUGCGGGUGGACAGUGGUGACACUUUGAAGCUGGGCAACAUAGAAGUUGAGUUUCUACAUACUCCAGGGCACACACCGGGCAGCCAGUGCUUUCGAAUUAAAAAUACGCUGGUUUCAGGUGACACGUUGUUUAUUAACGGCUGCGGUCGCGUUGACCUGCCGGGGUCAAAUACCGACGACAUGUAUCACAGCCUGCGCAAGCUUGCGGACCUGCCGGACGACACGCUAUUGCUGCCUGGACACAAUUACGGCCACGUACCAAACGCCACCAUGGGUGAAACCAAGGGCAUGAACGUGCACCUGCGUAUCGACAACAUAGAGACUUGGCACGACAUCAUGGGGCACUAG